CCCUCCUCCCUCCUCCUCUCUGCCUGCCAGUAGCCCCUCUCAGGCCGCGGAGGGGAGCAUUCACACCCCGCUGUCGGUGCUUAGCGGAUGGGGCUCUCAGCUUGAGCCGGAGGGAGGAGGAGGAGGAGGAAGAUGAACGGUAACCCGUGUGCCCGCAGGCUGGCGCGGCGCUCCAAGUCCGCCCUGCUGAUCGCCGCCCUGGCCGUGCUGCUGGUCCAGACUCUCAUCGUGUGGAACUUCAGCAGCCUGGACUCUGCCAGCGGGGACGGAGGCGCCAGGAGCCGGGAGAAGAGAGAGGAGCGAGCCGGGGGGCUCAACAAAGCCGACAGGGAGCACCCGCGGAGGGGGCUGCAGAAGAAGAGCGACCCGCCGCCGCCGCUCGGAAAGGCGGCUGUUCGGCACAAGCUGCAGGCGAACGCGUACCAUUCCCACCGGCCCAAAGAGAAACUUCGGCUGGACAGCAACAACAAUGAGAACUCGGUCCCUAAAGACUUUGACACCAUCGACAGCAACAGCAACCUGGGAGCUCGAUCUCAGCGACAGCGAGUGCCGCUCGCAAACGGCAAGCGCAAGCUGGAUAAGGCCCAAGCACAGAGCAUGCUGGGAAAAUCUGCUAACGAGGUCCUCAAGCACCCUCCCGUCCAAUCCAGAGGGGCGGGCCACAAUCACAACCGCACCCACGUCAGUAAAGCCCACCCCCAGGUGCCGACGGUCCCGGCUCCGGUCCAGGGGUCCGAUCGGGAUCCAUCGAUCCAGCGGGCGAGGAAGUCGGACACGGCGCCGCCGCCCCGUUCGGAGGCAAGGAAGGAGCAUCUGCAGUGUGAGAUCAGCGGGAAGGAAGCCAUUUCUGCUCUGUCCCGAGCCAAGAGCCGCGAGUGUCGGCAGCAGAUAGUGGAGAUCUACUGCAAACACAGAGACAGAGCGCUGAUGCCUGAGAAGGUGCCGCGCUACUGCCCCAUCGAAGGUAAGGCUAAUGUGAAUGUACAGUGGGACGAGGACCCCUCAGGUUCUGCCCAGCUGGUGCCGGCACGGGUCGCCUUCGUCCUGGUCGUCCACGGUCGAUCCUCGCGUCAGUUCCAGCGUCUCUUCAGAGCCAUCUACCACACCUCGCACUACUACUACAUCCAUGUAGACCAGAGGUCCAACUAUCUCUACAGAGAGGUCCUGUCUCUGGCUGGACAGUAUCCCAACGUCCGGGUGACUCCCUGGAGGAUGUCCACCAUCUGGGGCGGGGCCAGCCUGUUGACGAUGUACCUGCGCAGCAUGGAGGACCUUCUCAAAAUGUCCGACUGGUCCUGGGACUUCUUCAUCAACCUCAGCGCUGCAGACUACCCCAUCAGGACCAAUGAGCAGCUGGUGGCGUUCCUGUCCAAGUACCGCAACAUGAACUUCAUCAAGUCUCACGGCAGAGACAACGCACGCUUCAUCCGUAAACAGGGUCUGGACCGUCUCUUCUACGAGUGUGACACCCACAUGUGGCGUCUCGGGGACCGCAAGAUCCCAGAGGGCAUUGCGGUGGACGGAGGCUCUGAUUGGUUCCUGCUCAACCGGCCCUUUGUGGACUAUGUGGUCAACUCCAGAGACGAGCUGGUCAGCAGCAUGAAGCGCUUCUACGCCUACACACUGCUGCCUGCUGAGUCGUUCUUCCACACGGUGCUGGAGAACAGCGCUCACUGUGAGACCAUGGUGGACAACAACCUGAGGCUCACCAACUGGAACCGCAAACUGGGAUGUAAGUGCCAAUACAAGCACAUCGUGGACUGGUGCGGCUGCUCGCCCAACGACUUCAAGCCCUCCGACCUGCCGCGCUUCCAGCAAGCGUCCCGACCGACGUUCUUCGCCAGGAAGUUUGAGGCGAGCGUCAGUCAGGAGAUCAUCAACCAGCUGGACUCCUACCUGUUCGGCUCGCACCCCUCCGGCACCCCGGGCCUCCAGGCCUACUGGGAGAACAUCUAUGAGCAGGAGACGGACGGCCCCGCCAGCCUAUCAGACUCCACGCUCAGCCACUACCACGCCUUCGCUCGUAUGGGACUGUCCCGCGCCGCCAGCUCGCUGCAGGGACACCCCAACGACAACAGCUGCAGGUUCAUGGCCAUGAGCCCCCCCGUGUCCGUCCACCUCUACUUCCUGUCAGACCAGUUCCAGGGAUACCUGGUGCGUCACGUGGCCACGAACCGAGCCUCCACCCAGCUGGAGAGCCUGGAGACGUGGGUGACACGCAAAGACCACUUCACCCUGGCCAGCCCCCCCCACCCCACCAACAGGCUGCAGCACGUCCAGGUUGGGGCGGACUGGGAUCCUAAGGAGCGUCUCUUCAGGAACUGGGGGGGUCUGCUGGGGCCCAAGGACGAGCCGGUGGCCGUGCAGCGCUGGAGCCGGAGCCAAAGCAACCUAACGGCCACCGUGGUGUGGAUCGACCCCACCAACGUCAUCGCCGCCACGUACGACAUCCUGGUGGACGCCUCCGCCGAGGUCACACACUACCGGCCGCCACUCACGGCGCCGCUGAGGCCCGGCCUGUGGACGCUCAGGGUGCUGCACCACUGGAACCCGCUGGGCCAGACCAGCUUCAUCGUGGCUCCGCUCGAGUUCCACCGGCAGCAGCCCAUACAGCAAGAGGACGCCCUGCGGUUGCACGGCGGCCCGGCCAAGAACUCCUACAUGGAGCAGAGUUUCCACGGCCUGAACCCGGUGCUGCGGCUGCCGGUGAGUCUGGGCGCCGUGGAGGAGGCCGAGGCCAACGCCGGCCUGACGGGGGCGCCGCUGCGUCGCUGGCUGGACCGGCUGCUGGAGGGCCACUGGUCGGCCGCCGACGUCUGCUCGAUGGGUCCCAGCGUCUGUCCCGUCAUGCAGCGCUGCCGGCUCACCGGCUGGAGCUCCGCCAGCCCCGACCCCAAGUCUGAACUGACCCCGACCAGAGAGGAUGGACGGAUCAGGUAGCAGACGGACGGACUGAAGGAGGACACGAGGAGCACAUGAAGGAACACGCGGCGGAGGUCCUGUCGGAUAUUUAUUUAUUUAAAGUUUGUGCAACGUCGGAGUGAAAGGACCUGGAAAUAUCAAACUAUAGAGGCAGCGACGCGAAGACGAGAGAGAAACGCUGAGGAAACCUUCAGUCCUCCUGCUGCUGUCACCGUGUGUGUGUGUGUGUGUGUGUGUGUGUGUGUGUGUGUGAGAGUGUGUGUGUGUGUGUGUGUGUGUGUGUGUGUGUGAGUGUGUGUGUGUGUGUGUGUGUGUCUGUGUGUGUGUGUGUGUGUGUGUGUGUGUGUGUGUGUGAGUCUGACUGACUGACUGGUUGCCCGUUAUUGCUCAAGUCUUAGUUGGAGCUCGACCUCUUGAGAUACAUUGUGUUUUUAAAGUAAUCAUAUUUAUUUAUUUUAUUUCAGACUUUCCCAAAAUUACAAUUUAAUUCAAAGUGUUGGAAUCUUUCAAUGCAACUUCCUAUAUUGUGAUUUGCACUUUCUGUGUCUUAAAUAUGAAAUAUAAAGAGUCUGAAGCUGCAGACGACCUCCUGCAGAGACGUAUGUGGUCAUUUUAAUAACUUAUUCCCUCAAAUUGCUAAAUUUGUGCGCAAAAUAUAUGUUUAAAUGUGUUUGGACCACAGUUCACAUCUCCGACGUCUGUUAACGUUUCUUCAAUGUGAAAUGUUAAAGCCGUGCAGGACGAACCCUCAGAUCCUUUCAGUGAAUGUAGUGAUUCAAUAAUAAACUAUUACAGUGAAGUAUUAUGUUGCAGAAUGGCCCUCUGACGUUAUACUUUGUUCACAGCUUGCAGCAUCAUGUGAACUACUUUAUGUUCUGCAGGGUGACAUCUGAAGAGUCAUGUUUUAUAAAUUGCUGCUAUAAUUGUAUGUAAACAUGCAAAGUAAGCAGAACUUUACUCGGUUACUUUCCACCUCAAACAGUUUGAAGGUUUCCUUCUGUUGGACUUUAAACACGAUGUGACUGAAGCGAACGUCUCAUUCAGAGGUUUCUACAUCAUGUUGAGUGAACGUCUGUGUGUAAACAUCUUUAUUAACUCCUUUAAAAAGAUCUUGUUGAUUCUACAUGUAAACACUGAACAAACACAACACUGUUGGUUCCACUUCUGUUGAACUAAAGACAAACUACAUGUACUUCAGGUUGCAUUGAAUGUCAAAGCAAUAGUUUGAUGCUUUGAGUCAGAUGUUCAGAUUAAUACCUCGGUCAUAUCUGUAUAUGAAGUCUGCAGCCAGUUAGCGUAGCUUAGCAUAAGCACAGGAAGCGGGGGGGACAGCUAGCCUGGCUCUCCAACAGCACAUUUAAAGAUCACUGAUUAACUCAAAGUCACGGCACUCAGACAAGUAGCAGCACGGGCAUCAGUUUCUGUACGGCUUCAACAAGCUGCGUACAACGUGUCGAGGAUUGCAUCAGGCCAGGCCAGGCCAGGCCAGGCCAGGCCAGGCCAGGCCAGGCCAGGCCAGCUGUUUCCCUGCUUUCAGUCUUCAGUACUUCUCCAAAUGUCCAACAGAAAUGUGUCACUUCCUCUACACUUGUUACUCAUGUUUCCAAAACGUAACAGAAAGCAUCUGUAUCACAUUUGAAUCCUCGCCGGUGCGAUCCAUCCUCAGCUAGUUGGAUUGUUUGUAACUAAUAUUUAAUCAUUUUUCCUCUCGAGUUGCCAUAUUACAAUGUUAUUGGGACCAAAACUGAGUUAGACUGAUCACCAGAAAGGAAAAACAUAUAAUGUACAUUAUAAUGUAAAACAACAAUUCUUUCACCUGUAAGUGGAUUUAUGAGAAGGUUGGUGACAGCGCCUGAGGUAAGAAAUGACAUAAAUAUCAUUAAACUGCUGAACCCUCAGUAAACACAACCUUCAAUACUUGUUAUGUGGUAUUUACAAACUGCUGAAUCACAUCUCUAUUUAUUCAGGUAUUUUGUUUCUGAGAGAAAAAAAGCUGUAAAAUAUGGCACGCUCUUAUUUUGAAAUGUGACAUUUAUACUGUUGAACCCUGAUCACGUACAAAACUACGAUUUUAAUUUGCGAAAAAUGUUUGCUACAUUUUAAUACAUCAUUUCGUUUAAAGCUUGCCUUCAAUUUCACACCAAUUCUUAUAUUUUAAAUAGAUGUAUUUUGACAGCUGUCAAUCACUCAUCAAACAUUAUUUAUUAUCACAAAUAUGGCCACCCGCAGCUUUUAUAAUUUCAUCCAUUAAUACAGAAAUGAUAUGUAUUUAUGGCAUAAUGUGAGUCUCUAGGAAAGUCCUGAAUGUUAAGAAAAUGAUUAGGAAAAUCACAAAAAAAGAUUUGUUUUUAAGUGCGAUGUGUAUUUUUCAUAAGACGAGUGAGUCCAUGUAAAUCAGUCUUUUGUACAAUGUACAGUUUGUAAGUUAAUGACGUAGAAUGGUUUCAGCUGUGAUGACGGCGCCACAGAGGUCAUGUGAGUGUAAGAAGUUUGAAGUGUUGAUAAAGUUUUCAGAUUCUGGAGGUUUGUUCUUUUACUUUGAAUGUUUGCGUCACACUUUAAUGCCGUUUGUUCUUCUCUGUGUUUUUGUAUGUAAGUGCCAUUUCUGUUUGUUAUUUCUUGCUUUUCUUUAUCGCUCUCUCUCCGAGGGAGUCGUGCCGUGCCUUAGCUGUGCUCCUGUUGUAGGAAACCCUCUCUGAACGCAUCAAAACUCAAAAUGUCCAAAAGCCAAAAGAAAGAAAGAAUUGUUGUGAAUGCCUUAUAAAUGACCUUCGCGGUUUUGAAGUACAAUUUUUGAAAAUAAAACUGAAUC